GUUUUAGACACCAUGACGUCACCGCUGUAGACUCUGUCCACCCGAAAAGGAGUGUACAUACUAGUCUAAAUGCAUUAGGAUCCUAGCUGCCAGAGGGAUUUUAAACUCGACAGUAACGAUAACGCAUAGUGUUUUAGCCUACAUAUAUAUAUAUCCCUCUGAGGAAUUAAUCCUCAACGGCGACAUCUGCCGCGUCAAAUAACAUCUUUACGCAACGCUUCCUGUCGCCUGUCAAUGUCGCCUAGUGGAGCAGGGAUCAGAGUCUCUCUGCAAUUCAUUAUUUAUUUAUUUUUUGAAGGCGAAACUUUAGCCUAUUCCGGUUACUGAACGUUUGAAGACAUUUGGAACGUAGAGUUGAAAUAAUCCCAUUGGAACAUAAAGCUAUAACCGAAGUCGCAUCCUUUUGAGCGGGUUUCGACUCGAACUGAAACGCUUUGAAAACUCUGUGUUCUGCGUGGACGUUUGUUCCUGUCUCGCCCCAUUCCGCCUAGUCGCAGCAGAUGGAGGGUUGCUGAGAGCAGGGAAUGAGAUAAGCAUCUUUUCACUCGUCGAGGCAGCAUCCUAACGAACAGCUGCAGCAGCUCGCUCCCUCUCUCCAUCUCACUCUCUCCCGUACGCCGGAAAGAACGGAACGGAACACUAUUUUACCAACAAGGACCUUCCUUAUUCGGUAGAUUCAACGAAUUUUAUGAUUUGCAACCUAGCUUUAAAUUAUAUUUGCAUGGUUGUAACCUCGAUGAUGGUCUUGCUAUCGGCACCAAGGGGAGAGAUGUAAGCUGAUUCGUUGGAGGUGGGUUGUAGCGGUAGCAGCGCUGUGCUGACUGACAAAGCGACAGACCGACAGAGCGAGGAGAGCAGAGGAGCUGUCCAUAGACUGGUGGUGCUGAUGCGGCGGCUCUGAGAAAAGCAGAGAAACCGAGCAUGGCUGCUGGGAAGUUACUGCUCUACGCCGGCCUGUCCCUCUCUCUGUGCGCCCUAGGAAUGCUAGCGGUGGCAAUCUGUUCCGACCACUGGUACGAGACUGACGCGCGGAGGUAUCGGGAGCGCUGUCGGAGCUUCUCCAGCCGUAAGAACCCAGGCUUUAUCUACAUCCCCAACAACAGCCUACCUCUGCGGGCCAGCCGCUCCAGACUGGACCGCUGGGAGGACAAGCUGCUCCUAGCCCGGAACAGAAGGCAGCUGUUCGCUAUGUCCGCCGCGGACGAGUGUAGUAGGCAGUACAACUCCACCAACAUGGGACUGUGGAGCAAAUGCCACCGACUGGGCUUCGACCAGGACAUAGAAGACCUCAUUCGCAAAGGUUCCAUUGCCAGAUGUUCCUAUAUCAAAUACCACUACUCUUCAGCAACGAUACCCAAGAACCUCUCGUAUAACAUCACAAAGACCAUACGACAGGAUGAGUGGCACUCUUUGCACCUGCGGAGGAUGACAGCAGGCUUCAUGGGUAUGGCCAUAGCCAUCAUUCUGUUUGGCUGGGUGAUAGGUGUUCUAGGAUGCUGCUGGGAUAGAGGACUGAUGCAGUACGUGGCAGGAUUACUGUUCCUCAUGGGAGGCACCUUCUGUAUAAUCUCUCUCUGUACCUGCGUGGCGGGGAUCAACUUUGAGCUCUCCCGUUACCCUCGCUAUCUGUACGGCCUGCCAGACGACAUCGGCCAUGGCUACGGCUGGUCCAUGUUCUGCGCCUGGGGAGGUCUGGGGCUCACUCUCAUCGCUGGUUUCUUCUGCACCCUGGCUCCCUCCGUCCAGCCCCUCCCUCGAUCCACCUGCCCCAAGUCGAGGCAGGAGAACGGGACGGUCUGCUAGAGGGACUGGGAUGGAGGAUAGAGGACUGGAGGUCCAGUGUUAGAUAGAUAGCUAACUACACCUUUAACCACACAGGACAGCCAUAAGAAAAGAGAAUUUAACAAACAAAAUGGGACAAUGAGUUGACAAAUCCAUGCAUUCGUUUAAUUAAUUCAUCGACUAUCUGUCUUUUCCUGGCCACUUAAAGACAAUGUUUUGUUUGUUCUCUGUUUAAAGUAUGUUUCUGUGUGUAUAAAUAUGUUUAAAGUGUGUGUGUGUGUAUAAACAUGAUCUGGUUUCUUGAAAAACAGAUUAAAAAAACACAACGAACUGACAGAAAAAUCGAAUCAGCGGUCUGAAGUUGUGCUGGGGGGGGUUUGUAGUCGGGGAGUGGAUGUUGUGAUGCUUGAAAUGGAUGUACCAUGAAACGGCCUUCUCUACUGGGGGGGAACGAGAGGAACCUUUCGGUAAUGAACGAUGACAGACAGAUGGACAACAAGGGAUGGGAGUUAUAACAACGGGGGGGGGGGACGUAUUGGACAUUACACUUUUCAGCAGGAACAUUAAGUCUGAACCUCAGAGGAACUCAUCAUGGUGACCAGCCUCUAACCCAUCCACAACAAGGAGAAGAACUCAAACUAUAUUGUUACUAAGGGGCAGUGAAGGCUGCUGAGGGGAGGACGGCUCAUCAGAAUGGCUGGAACGGCGCAAAUGGAACGGAAACCGUGUAUUUGAUACCAUUUCACCUAUUUCCUCUCAAGCCAUUUCCCACGAGCCCGUCCUCCCCAAUUAAGGUGCCACCAACCUCCUGUGUCGAAGGGGUUAAUCAACACUAACUGAGAGGGGUCAAAGGUUGGAGUAUUAUAAACAGCACAUCCUGUUCUAAAGAGACACCUCAGCUUGUUGGAGACUUCCGAUUGGACUAGCUGUGUGUUCCUCAGAUCUACUCUGGGUCAUUGGACUAGCUGUGUGUUCCUCAGAUCCACUCUGGGUCAUUGGACUAGCUGUGUGUUCCUCAGAUCCACUCUGGGUCAUUGGACUAGCUGUGUGUUCCUCAGAUCCACUCUGGGUCAUUGGACUAGCUGUGUGUUCCUCAGAUCCACUCUGGGUCAUUGGACUAGCUGUGUGUUCCUCAGAUCUACUCUGGGUCAUUGGACUAGCUGUGUGUUCCUCAGAUCCACUCUGGGUCAUUGGACUAGCUGUGUGUUCCUCAGAUCCACUCUGGGUCAUUGGACUAGCUGUGUGUUCCUCAGAUCCACUCUGGGUCAUUGGACUAGCUGUGAGUUCCUCAGAUCCACUCUGGGUCAUUGGACUAGCUGUGUGUUCCUCAGAUCCACUCUGGGUCAUUGGACUAGCUGUGUGUUCCUCAGAUCUACUCUGGGUCAUUGGACUAGCUGUGUGUUCCUCAGAUCUACUCUGGGUCAUUGGACUAGCAGUGGGAGAAGGAUAGCACAUCACACGAUACAGGCUCUCUACCAUAUCUCUACUAUUGUACAAAACUACAGAAUAAUCAUUCCAGAGAAAUUACAGCCAGGAAAUUCCAUGUUGGAGCAUCGUCAUUCCCACCAGGGCGUCCUAGUUUGCAUCCCAAAUGGCUCCCGAUUCCCUCUGGGCUCUAGUCAACAGUAGUACAGUCGUGGCCAACAUUUUAGAGAAUGACACAAAUAUUAAUUUCCACAAAGUUUACCGCUUCAGUGUCUUUAAAUAUUUUUGUCAGAUGUUACAAUGGAAUACUGA